AUGAAACGAAUUGCAGAUAGCAUUUACGAUCAGCUCGAGGCGGAGUGGGAGGAAGCUCAUCCCGAUGCCGUCUUGCAAGAGACCGAGAUACCUGCCACUGCUCUGGCCGAGGUUGAUGAGGAAGAACCUACACAGCGAUUUGUCUCACAGACCAUCGUCCCGACAAGAAGUCACCCUUGGAACGCAGUAGCCUGGCGCCCGGGUCUGAGUGGCAUUCAUGAAGCCGGCGAAGACGAAUCAGAGUCGCCCAUCAGAGGAAGCCGACGUCUAAGCGAGAAAAUUGACCCGUUUCGCAAAGUAUCGACGGUGUCGACGCUCGAGAGUCCCAUCUCCGGAUCUGACGAUUCUCCAACGGCGAGCAAGGAGGAAGCAGACAUUAUCACGAACUUGCAAAGUCCUGAUCAAUUGCCGAUUAUCUAUCCGUCGGGCAGAAGACGAAGUUCUAUUGCUGGCACGACGAGCUGGGACGCACCUCAGUCAAUCCAUUACCGUGUCUGGACACGGUCUGCCGCGGGUUCGAUAUCUGGUGCCUCACUCCAGCUGAGUGAGGUCGAGGUCGACAGUCUUAAUGGAGACAAGGUUCGAAUCCCUAGAGCAGUAGCCGCAAUCACGACUUUCCAAAGCCAGCCGCAAACUCCUCGAUCUGCUGUCAAUAUUGUGGCAAAACAUGAUGACUAUGAUCGCCUGCCAGCAUGGCGGCGUCGACUCUUCAGACUGGCACCACUCACUACCCUAUUAGCUAUGGGAUCGUAUUUUGCCUACUUUGCAUAUCGCAUCUUUGCGACAGUCCAGGCCCAAGAAGCAUUUCAUCGGACUUACGUUGCGGCCUGGGUCUUCAUCGCUUCCGAGUUUCUUGUGUCCAUCCCGGCGUUCUUCCACAACACGUAUUCCCUGCUCUCGGUCAAGGGUCGGAAGAGGGCCAAACUGCGUCUGAUCGGUACCGACCUUCCUGCUGUUGACGUCUUCAUCACCUGUUGCAAAGAGGAUCCUGAUAUCAUUCUCGACACGGCUCGUGCGGCUUGUGCACAGGACUAUCCCUCCUCGCGGUACCGCGUCGUGGUAUGCGAUGACGGGGCUGACCCGAUACUUCGUCAAGGCGUUGAAGCGCUCAGUCUAUCACACCCUAAUCUUUACUAUCAUGCCAGGAUCAAAGUCAAGGGCAAGCCACACCACUUCAAAGCAGGAAACUUAAUCGCCGCAACCGAAAUGGUGGAGCAACUUCCAGGGGGCGCUGGCGAAUUCAUCGCCGCCUUGGAUGCUGACAUGAUCCCCACUCCAGAUUGGCUACGCUGUGUGAUUGCACACAUGGUCGACGAGCCUCGGAUGGGUCUUGUUUGUCCACCACAAUUAUUCUAUAAUAUACCGGACAAUGAUCCACUUGUUCAGUCACUUGAUGCAUUUGUGCAUCUCAUGGAGCCGACUAAAGAUGCUAACGGCGUCGCAUGGUGCACAGGCUCAGGAUACGCCAUUCGGAAGUCGGCCCUUGAGGACAUUGGUGGCUGGCCUGUCGGAUCACUUGCCGAGGAUGUCUUCACAUCGUCUCUUCUGCUAGGAAAGGGAUGGAAGACUGCCUUUGUACACGAGGGCCUGCAAUACGCUCAACUUCUGUCUAUGGGGCCCGUCGUCAAGGACAUGACCUUUCUCCAGCGUCUUUCCGGCUUCGUCUUCCCAGCGGGUGCGCUAUUCAGCAUUUGCCUCAUGAUAACAUUACUCACCAUCCCCAUUGUACUCUUGUCGGGCGGUACGCUCGUCGCCUUUGCCGAUUCUGCCCAGCUCCGAUGGCAAAUCCGACUUGCAUUCAUCAGCUUGGCGUUCAACCGUCUAGACAAUUUUGUUGCGCACCUACCUUCUGGCUAUCGCCUAUCACAGCGUGAUGCUGCCGCCCACAUAUGGAUGACGCCCUACCAUACGAUGACAGUCCUCAGAAGCUUCCUCCUUCCGAAGUGGCUCGGCGGCAAGCCCAUGGCGUUCUCGUCGUCUGGCAGCAUAAAGUCGGAACUCUCAGAACGCGAUGCAGCCAAUCGCGCUCCGCUCUGGCGCCGUUGUGUAGUCAUGAUCUGGCAAUGCGAAUGCUGGAUGCACGUACUACUCGUCCUGUUCACCCUCACAGCCGUUAUCUGGUCUUGCACGCAGUCGAUGUAUGCUGUGCGUCCCUCGCGAAAUUACACACUCAUCUACCUGUUGACGCAUGCAUUCUGGCCACCCGUACUAUGGAUCAUCAAUCUGUCAGCGUACUUGACGCCAUUGCUCUACAUGCUGGCGCCACCAAACAUGCCGGAUAGGGAGGAGUUAUUGGACCGAAAUGCGGAGACAAACGUAGCGAGGCCGAAAGAGAGCGCCAAGAGACAGAGGUGGUUGAAGUGGGCGUUGUGGCCCGAGUUGCAGUGGACUUUGUGCUCGGUGUAUACAACGAUAAUCUUUGUGGGGACGUUCUUCUAUUGA